AUGGCGGCUCAGAUUCCAAUUGUGGCCACCACGGCCGCUCCGGGGAUACCCCGGAACAGCAAGAAGCGGCCAGCCAGUCCUUCCCACAACGGCGGCGGCGGCGGCGGGGGAUACGGCGCGGGUAAGAAGAAAAAAGUGUCCGCCUCUGGCUUUGCUCAGGGUAUCAGCAUGGAAGCCAUGAGUGAGAAUAAAAUGGUGCCCUCUGACUUUACCACUGGACCCAUGGAAAAAACUUCCAAACCUUUGCCAUUUAAGGAUCCCAACUUUGUGCACUCUGGCCAUGGUGGCGCAGUCGCUGGCAAGAAGAAUAGAACCUGGAAGAACCUGAAACAAAUCCUCGCUUCUGAAAGGGCGUUGCCGUGGCAACUGAAUGAUCCUAACUACUUCAGUAUUGAUGCUCCUCCAUCCUUCAAACCAGCUAAGAAGUAUUCUGAUGUUUCAGGUCUUCUUGCCAACUACACGGACCCGCAGAGCAAGCUGCGCUUCAGCUCCAUCGAAGAGUUCUCCUACAUCCGCAGGCUGCCCUCCGACGUGGUCACCGGCUACCUGGCCCUGAGGAAGGCCACGAGCAUCGUGCCCUGA